AUGCAGCAGUAUACGCGGAACCGGUAUUUCAGCAGUUACACCUUGGACCGGACGUGGCAAGCAGAAGACCGACGACAUGCCCUGCCUAGCUCCGUGGAACUGGCACAGAAGUUUUACAUAGAUGGUCCUGGAGCCCAUAUUCCAACCUCACUACGUCUUGAUUGGUUUGCUAUAUGUGCAACGACGUGUGGCUUCCAAACAGGUACAAUCCAGGAAAACCAAAUAGACUGGGCCGAGGAAUAUGACCAACAAACCAGCACACGCAUUCAGCAGCGACAUCGUAUUUUUCGUCCUUAUAAUGGUCCGCUGCUCUGGAAUCAGAUCAAAGAAGAUACAGAUGGGAAGUGCAGCACGGUCAACACUAUCGGGAUCAUGCUGUAUGUUUUCAGCGUGCCAUCAGCCAUAUUCGAUAUGACUGUGGGCUUGCUGCCUCUGCCUACUUCCUCGGGGCUCUCCAGCAGUAUCCUCCGACGAGCCACCUUUGUAACCAACCCCCUGCGCUUACUCUGCCCGGCCCGGUGUUUCCCAAUGCGUCUCAAUAAGGAGAUGAUGUCUGAGGAUGAUCUGCUAUUUAAGGAUCAAGAUCAGAACGCGCCGAUUACCUAUCCCUAUAAGGCCGAGAAUAAUUUUGGGCGUUCGUUCGAGGGUUGCAAGGGCUUCGGCUGGUUUCGGAUAUUCGUCUCCAAUGACAAAGUCAGGGGCGGCGUAUGCUUGGGCUUGAAGGCAGAAUUCGAGGUUCAGAAGCCCGGAGUGAUGGUGAAUUUCCCAGUGCGAUUCAGACGAGUGCGUUGA